GGGACGAGUGGCUGCGCCUGGACUCGGCGCAGAGAACCCUGUACCGGGAGGUGAUGCUGGAGAACUACGGCACCCUGGUCUCGCUGGGGAUUCCAUCCGCGACGCCGAAGGUGAUCUGCCGGCUGCAACAAGGCGAGGAUCCCAGCGUGCUGGAAAGGGAAACCCCUCAAGAUCAAGACACCUGUCUGGGUUUCAAGACUUGGCCCGAAAUGGAAGCUUUGCCUCCCAGGAAGGACAUUUCUAUAGAAGAAACAUCUCAGGGAAUAAUGAAGAAAAAGUCCAUGAAGUUUUGUCACUGGGACAUCAGUUUUGAACGGAAUUUGGAAUCGGAGAGUGGAACAGAACAGGAGCAGCAGAAGAAAGCUCUUCAGCAAAUGGCGGCCUUACACAAAAAAGCCGUGAGUGGAGAUGUAAAGCAGACACGUCUUGAAUUGGGGAAAGGCCUACUUAUAAAUUCAAUUCUUGUCAAACAGCAAAGUGUUCCCAUAGAAAGGAUACCCAAUAUAUGUUACACUUUUGGGCGAGAUUUUAAACAGAGUUUUGAUCUAAUGAGAUGCUUCCAGAUUUACCCAGGAGAAAAACCUCAUCUUUAUAAUGAAUGUGGGAAAAGCUUCACCCAGAGUCUUCAUCUGAUUGAACACCAGAGAAUUCACACUGGCGAGAAACCUUACAGAUGUAAUGUGUGUGGGAAACCCUUUAGCCACAGAUCGUCCCUUCUUGCCCAUCAGAGAAUUCACACCGGAGAGAAACCUUACAAAUGUAAUGAAUGUGAGAAAGUAUUUAGCAGCAGCUCAACCCUAAUCAGACAUCUGAGGGUGCACACCGGCGAGAAACCCUACCAGUGCAAGGAGUGUGGUAAAGCUUUUAGCCAGUGUUCAACCCUCACUCUCCAUCAGAGAAUUCAUACUGGAGAGAAACUCUAUAAAUGUGCUGAGUGUGAGAAGGCCUUCACUUGUAGAGCGAAACUUCACAGACACCAAAGAAUCCACACAGGGGAGAAACCCUAUAAAUGCAGUGACUGUGGGAAAGGGUACAGCCGAUUCGCAUCCCUGGCUGAACAUCAGAAGCUUCAUACUGGAGAGCAGCUGUGUAAAUGCUUGGAAUGUGGGAGAACUUUCACACGCACCUCCACCCUUAUGGAGCACCAGCGAAUUCAUACUGGUCAGAAACCCUACCAGUGCAACGAAUGUGGGAAAGCCUUCAACCAGUAUUCAUCUUUCAGUGAACAUCGUAAAAUUCACACCGGGGAGAAGCUUUAUCCAUGUGGAGAAUGCGGGAAGGCCUUUGGUUGCAAAUCCAACCUGUACAGGCAUCAGAGAAUUCACACCGGAGAGAAACCCUACCAGUGUAAUCAGUGUGGGAAAGCCUUAAGCCAGUAUUCAUUCCUAACGGAACAUGAGAGGAUCCAUACUGGUGAGAAACUCUACAAGUGCAUGGAGUGUGGGAAAGCCUACAGUUACAGAUCAAACCUUUGUAGACACAAAAAAGUUCACACUAAGGAAAAACUAUAGAUCGAAGAAAUAUGGGAAGCCUUUUAUCUACAGCUCCUCCCUUACUCAGCAUCAGAG